AGCAGCUCUACAUUCUCUAGAUCGUCAUGGUAGGGCGAAUCAAGACUGGAGCACCACGCAUAGACAAUAUAUUGAUAUUUGGACUGAUCGACCGGUGCAUGUACAAGAUGGCACUGUAAUUGAAGAUACUACAUAUCCAUCGAAUGAGUAUGUUCAGUGGUAUCGGGAGCGGACGGUGAUUUAUAUUUCAAAUCCGAGUCGAUUUUCCGCUUUCCCAGUGGGCUUUCAGGGUGAUAGCGCUAGGCCACAAUAUCUUAGCGAUGCCAUGUUUCGCAUGUAUUUCAUGGCACGGGACUCUCUUGCAGUUAGUGAUGAACAACACAGCAGAUAUUUUCAAGAGUUAAGGGACUUUGCAUCCACAUCUUUGCAUCAUGUAGGAGAGUCACGCCAACUUGUAUUUCGCCCUCCAUAUGUACCACAGGAGAUUCCACUAUAUGCUGAUCCAUGUCGUGUUCAUCAAGCUCCCAAAAAUACCCACGGAAGUCGGCAUGGCGGUGGACGACGUCAUAGACUCCGAUCACCAGAACCCGCCAUACAAACUGGAUUCCAUGGAGGCUCGAUGGCUACCGAGGACCAAGCUGACGCAUCUACUUUUGUCAUACCUCAGACCGAAGUCAUGCAUGAGAAAGGUGCAUCGAUUGGGCAUUCUAGAUCCCCUGUGACUUUUCCAGAGUUUACGACCGAUAGGGACUCACAUCAGCAUACUUCUGAGCAAUGUGAAGGAGGUGAAGGCACAAGCACUCAAAUUCAAGAUGCUAUACUGUUGACACAUAUUACUCAAGUCCAUACAGUAGUGCCAAACCAACCACAUCGAAGUCGAAGAAUACCCAAACCAACAACAUGUGGUACUAAUGGAAAACUUGGGCAACAUUGAUGGCACGCUACUUAUAUCGUUAUUGUAUAAAUAACCUAACUUAUGGAUUGCAUACUUUGUUGGUGACAUUU